GCCAAAGAAAGGCACAGGUCUGCUAAAAUGAGCUAGUGGGCAAUUUGUGCGACUGUUUCUGUAUUUUUGCGUUGAUUUUUCUAAUUUAUUGAUGAGUAAUAACCUAAUGUGUUGUUCUUCUAUGUUAUCUAUCUGAAGUACAUUUAAACGGCAGUGUGGCUCCUUUUAACCGUGCCUAGCUAACUAACUAGCUAAGGCAGCAUCUGUUUUUGUUGUGGCCUGUGUCUGUCUGCGUGGUUCUGCUCUAAAGCCACUUUCACCCGAAGGAAAUGGCACACCGUACAAGCUGAACCGAGGAGCAUUUUCAACAAAAUGAUUCUUUAAGGAGCAGUGAAUUGCUCAGCUGAUGAGAGGUCACUGAACUCACCAUGGAGUUGUACUGGUACAUAGUUGUGGUUGUAUUCAUCAUCAUCAAAAUCUUUUUCUAUGUUUGCUGGUACCGGUCCACACAGAGGCAGCUGGCAGCCUUCCUGAGAACUCCUCGCAAUGCUCAAAUCGUCAUUGUGGGAGGAAGAGCAUACCUCCAUCAGAUGUGUGAAAGACAGAGUGAUGAUUUGUCAGUAGAAGAGGCCUCUUCAGCUCUACCCGCUGCUCCCUCCUUCUCACACUUGGACAUGCCACCUCCAUAUGAUGCUGUUUCUAGAGAGGACGAGCUAAAGCCCCCUCCGUACAGUGAGUGCACCCGCAGUGACAGUGCAGCAGUAAGCAGAGAAGGAGCAGCCUCUAUAAGCGCUACAGAAGCCCCUCCUCCUUAUACCCCAUCUCCUCCAAGACAUGCCCCCCCAACCCCCGCACAGCCAGACAACCAGGGCUAGGUCUGUUCCUCUCUGGUACCGAUCUCAAUACCAAUUUGCCUUUCUAUUCUUUAGGUUAUAGUUAGAGACACACUGAAGUGUAGUGUGAGUGUGUUUUUAUUACUUCAUAAGGUGCAAUGAGGGCAGUAUGUGAUGUCAGCUUUGUGUCUGGCUCAAGCCUUAUAGCUGAGGCCAUUGACGCUGCCCUCAAGCUAUGGCUGUAAAAUCCCUUAACGCCAUGGUGAUUCAGAGUCAUAAAAAUAUUCUGUCCAUAAGCGUUAACACUUACAAUCCAGUCUGUUCAUAUGCAGUACAUUAUUUUCAAUUGACAUCAAGAAUAUUUAUACUGUCAACCUGUUUUAUAAUGGAAAGGCAAGGUGUUUAAAUCAAAUGGGGAAGACUUUUGUAAGAGACUCAAGUGCCUUCAUGUCACUAGCUGAAAGUGGGUCAAAAUGAUGAUUAUAAAGGGAACGCAGCUACUAUCAGCUUUGCAGUAGAACAAAUGCACUGUUUUCAUCUAGUCCAUGCAAACUGAGAUUUUUUCAUGUUUGGUGUUUGUUAUAGAUACUCUAGUUUUGCUUGAACAUGCGCUUUUUACAUGUGUCUUUGUGUAUUUCACAUAGUAACAUAUCCAAGUUACUAUUUCACAAUUCAAACUCAAUCUACCGUUUUACAUUUUACAAAGAUGCAAGUUUCAUGCUCAACUCAAAUCAAAGAGGCUUCUACUUUUAAAUCCUUUAACUUCAUAUCAUAAUUCCUAAUCCUUUGACAGACAUUCCUGACCAAUUUUGUAUGAAAAAAUGUAUGUAUGUAUAAAAGUUUGUCUCUGUUACUGUUUUUGUGUUACAUGUAGACGUUUAUAAUGAAAUUCAAGUAAACUAUACUUUUCUAAACUAC